ACCAGGGGGAGGAGGACGAAGGGGUGGUUGCCGAGGGCGACAGCACGUUUGUGCGUAACCGCAAGGAGCGCUCCACCGUUCUCGUGAGGCGGUUCUUCAAGAACAACCAGAAGGUUUCCAAGCCCGUCUGCACGGGGACCAGGGCCAUCGUGCGGGCCCUGCCCUCGGGCCGGCCGUCCACAGAGGUCUGGAGGCAGGUGGUCCAGCACCAGAGCUCCAGGCCCGUCAGGGAGCUGGUCUGGGGGGUCCUGGAGCGGCUCCGGGGGGAGGGGGAGAGGCUGAACGUCUGCAGAGGAAUGCGUCGCCUUGUGGGCGUCAAACAUCUCAAGGUAUUGAAAAAUGUGCAGCCCUUAGAGGAGCACCACCUUCUCCACCCCGCCAGGAAACUGCUGCUGGCCUGCCCUGGCUGCAGGCCUCCUCGUGGGGCUAGGCCAUCACCUGAGCUCCCAGGCCUGGGCCUUGGCUCCACGUUAGGCCCAGAAGAGUUGCCCAGGUGGUACCGUGCGGUGGGCCAGCACACGGCGUUGAGCAGCCUGCUGGGUGGAGCGCUGCUGGAGGCCACGUCCGCCCUGUGCUCUCGCUCCUCCUCCUCCUCCUUCAGCUCCUCCUCUUCCUCAUCCAGCCCCACGGCCCUGGGGUGCAGCACCCACAUCAUGCUCAGAGAGCGCCAGGUCUCCGGCAGCACGACGGGGGGCAGCGGGGGCGUCGGCGUGGCGACGCCGGCCCCCGUGGUAGCGGGGGCCAUCAGCAGGGAGCUGUCAGACCUGCGGUCCCUGGCCCAGUUCCCCGAAGAGAUCGCCUGCAUCCUGACCCAGCAGGAGCAGGAGCUGUACCAGCGGGUGUUUCCGCUGGACUACCUGUGUUUCCUGACCCGGGAUCUGGGGGGUACUGAGGGUCAGACCAAGCGUCACCCCAGCCUCAAGGCCUCCCUGUCGGGCCCGCCCUCCUCUACCCACAAUGCUCAGCGACGCAACGCCGUGGAGGACCUGGUGGCCCGCUUCAAUGAGGUGAGCUCGUGGGUGACGUGGCUGGUCCUGACGGCCAGCUCCAUGGAGGAGAAGAGGGAGGUGUUCUCCUACCUGGUGCACACCGCCCGCUGCUGCUGGAACAUGGGCAACUACAACGCCGUCAUGGAGUUCCUGGCCGGGCUGCGCUCUCGCAAGGUACUGAAGAUGUGGCAGUUCAUGGAGCAGGCGGACAUUGAGACCAUGCGGGGGCUGAAGGACGCCAUGGCCCAGCACGAGUCCUCCGCAGAGUACAAGAAGCUGCUCACCAGGGCACUCAAUAUCCCAGGAUGCAAGGUGGUUCCGUUCUGCGGGGUCUUCCUGAAGGAGCUGAGCGACGCACUGGAUGGGACCGCCAGCAUCAUCAGCCUCAAAGCCCCGCUGGAAAACACAGACUCAGACUCACUGGAGUUUGUGUCCGACUACCACGGCCAGCAGCAUUUCAUGUCCCGCUCCGGUCCCGACGGGCUCCACGUCCCGGAGAAGGAGGCCACUGUCAGCAACAUCCUGCAGAUCAUCCGGUCCUGUAACCGUAGCCUGGAGGCGGAUGAUUCAGAUGAAACGACCAGUCACAGCCCUUCCUCGGUGGCCCCGCCCCCAACCUCCCGGAACAACUCGUUCAGGGAGCGAAGCUACAAUCCUUCCCGCUCCUCCAGGCUAGCCCCUGAAGCCAGUCGGGUCUUGUUCACAGUGGGGGAUGUGUCUGAUGCGGAGGCCGAGCCGUGCCUGGAGGUGGGGGGGAAGGAGGUGGAGUUCCAGGGAACCGAGGAGACCCACCCCGCCUUCGCCCACAACACAGAGAUCAUACCCUGGUACGUGCUGUCCCUGCAGCCCGACACACAUCAGUUCCUGCUGCAGGGCGCUACGGUCAUCCACUACGACCAGGACAGCCACCUCAGCGCCCGCUGCCUCCUCACACUGCAGCCCGACAACACCACCCUCACCUGGGGGAAGCCUCGGUGCGGAGGACCCCCAGCGACGGAGCCUCCAGUUGGGCUCGGCCAAACCGUGUUUGCUGGUCUGGCCGAAGGCCUGCUGGAUCUGGGGGUGGUCAAGGCGGUGUUCCUGGGUCACCACGGGGCAGACGUCCACGCUGUGUGUCUUCAAAACAAACUGAGCCAAAUGACGGCGGAAGACAACGCCCUGACGCUCCUCUACGGCCUCGGCACCACCGACAACAGGCUGCUUCACUUUGUGGCACCCAAUCACACGGCCCAGGCGCUUCACAAGGGCCUAUCAGAGCUGGUGAACGCCACCCGGAAGCUGAAGAGGUUCCCCGACCAAAGGCUGCAGUGGUUGAGGAGACAGUACGUCAGCUUGUAUCAGGAGGACGGGCGAUACGAGGGCCCGUCGCUGGCCCAGGCCAUCGAGCUGUUUGGGGGCCGGCGCUGGAACAUGGGCGCCGGCGGGGCGGAGAAGGCGGGCGGCCAGAAGAACAACACGCUGGGAAACGAAAAGACCAAGAAGAAGAAGAAGGUCCUCGUCAGGGGAGACAGCGGGGAUGUGACGGACGAUGAGAUGGUUUCCCGAAAGACCCGGAGCUGUAAGGAAGCACUGGGCCGGAACGGAAUGGAGUUCAACGACAGCAUGGACCAGGACGAGUCGGAGGACAGCUUUCCUGGACCGUUCUCCCUGUCAGCCAAUAGGAGCCCAGCGAUGCUGGCCUCUUCCUCCUCCUCCUCCACCUCCUCCUCUUCCUCCUCCAGCAUGGUCGGGGCGGUCCAGACCCGCCCCCAGGCCUCUCCCGUCCUAUCAGGGGCCGCAAAGACACCGCCGCCUGGUGCGUGGAGCAGCCGGUCGUGGCACGGCAGGUGCAAAGGUUGCUUCAAAGGCUUCCAGAACCUGAUGAUCUCAGACAGCUCCAUGAGCUUCAUUGAGUUCGUGGAGCUCUUCAAGUCCUUCAGCAUCCGCAGCAGGAAAGACCUGAAGGAGCUGUUCGAUACGUUUGCUGUCCCCGUGAGCCGAUCCAGCCCUGAGUCGGCGCCUCUCUACACCAACCUGCGCAUCGACGACCUGGACAUGGGACUCCAGCCGGACCUCGACCUGUUGACCAGGAACGGGUCAGACCUGGGCCUCUUCAUCCGAACGCAGCAGCAGAUGACGGACAACCAGAAGCAGAUCUCCGACGCCAUCGCGGCGGCGAGCAUCGUGUCCAACGGCACGGGCGUGGAGAACGCCUCGCUCGGGGUCCUGGGCAUGGCCAUUCCCCAGCUCAACGACUUCCUGGUCAACUGCCAGAGAGAGCACCUGAGCUAUGACGACAUCCUCAGCAUCAUACAGAAAUUUGAGCCGUCGUCGAGCAUGCGACAGAUGGGCUGGAUGUCAUUUGAAGGCUUUGCCAGGUAUCUGAUGGACAAGGAGAACUGUGCGUCGCGUCACGAGGAGUCUCAGGUGGACCCGGCGGAGCUGCAGCACCCCCUCUCCUACUACUACAUCGAGUCGUCCCACAACACCUACCUGACCGGACACCAGCUCAAAGGGGAGUCCUCCGUGGAGCUGUACAGCCAGGUCCUUCUGCAGGGGUGCAGGAGCGUGGAGCUGGACUGCUGGGAUGGAGACGACGGCAUGCCGGUCAUCUACCACGGACACACCCUCACCACCAAGAUACCCUUCAAGGACGUGGUGGAGGCGGUAAACCGCUCAGCAUUCGUUAACUCCGACAUGCCCGUCAUCCUGUCCAUAGAGAACCACUGCUCCCUGCCCCAGCAACGCACGAUGGCCGACAUCUUCAAGGCGGUGUUUGGCGAGCGUCUGGUGAUGCGUUUCCUGCUUGAGAGCGACUUCAGCGACGACCCCCUCCUGCCCUCCCCCCUCCAGCUGAGGGGGAAGAUACUCCUCAAGAACAAGAAGCUCAAAGCCCACCAAGCGCCUGUAGACAUCCUCAAACAGAAGGCUCACCAGCUCGCCCACAUGCAGGCCCAGGCUAGCAACGGGGGGUCGCCAGGGGUGGGCUCCACAGGCAACAACACCAAUGAGGAAGAGGAGGAGGAAGAGGACGAGUACGACUAUGACUACGAAUCUCUCUCAGACGCCGAUGUCCUCAUGGCCUCUACCGCCUCCUAUAGCCUGGAAGACAACAUCCUGGAUGACAAGCCGGAGGGGAAGAGCACAGCGGAGAAGGAAGAGCCGCCGACCGACGAGGUUCCCAAGAGAAGCUCCAAGAAACCAGAGAGGGCGGCAAACUGCAAGGGAAAAGUGUUUGACAUGGAGUUGGGGGAGGAGUUCUACCUUCCUCAGAACAAGAAGGAGAGCCGGCAGAUCGCCCAGGAGCUGUCGGACCUCAUCAUCUACUGCCAGGCCAUCAAGUUCCCCGGCCUGUCCACACUGUCUCCGACUGACUCGGGCCGAGGGAAGGACCGAGGGAAGGGCAGGAAGUCCAUAUUUGGAGCGGCCCCUGCUCGCAUUAACACACUGGGAGACUCCGCCCCCCAGACCCGCCCCUCAGGGAAAGGCGGUGCGGAGUGCGUGCGUCUGAGCUGGGAGGAGCAGCAGCAGACACAGCAGGCCCAACAGCAGGGCCAGACGUCCCCGGUGCCCAGCGCGCCCGCCUCCCUCAGCUCCAUCAUCCGCACGCCCAAGUGCUACCACAUCUCCUCGGUCAACGAGAACGCCGCCAAGCGCCUCUGCCGCCGCUACUCCCGCAAGCUCAUCCAGCACACGGGCUCCCAGCUGCUGCGCACCUACCCGGCGGCCACGCGCAUCGACUCGGCCAACCCCAGCCCGCUGCCCUUCUGGCUGCACGGUAUCCAGCUGGUGGCGCUCAACUACCAGACCGACGAUCUUCCCCUGCAGCUAAACGAAGCGCUCUUCGAGGCUAACGGCGGCUGCGGCUACGUGCUAAAGCCGGCGGUGUUGUGGGACCGCUGCUGCCCCCUCUACCAGCAGUUCUGCCCCCUGGAGCGAGACGUGGAGAACAUGACCCCCAUCACCUACACCCUCACGGUGAUCUCCGGGCAGAACGUGUGCCCGGGCAACAGCGCGGGCAGCCCCUGCGUGGAGGUGGACGUGCUGGGCAUGCCCGUGGACGCCAGCCACUUCCGCUCCAAGCCCAUCCACCGCAACACGCUCAACCCCAUGUGGGGCGAGAGCUUCCAGUUCACCGUGCACUUUGAGGAGCUGUGCUUCCUGCGCAUCGCCGUGGUGGAGAACAACAGCUCCCAGACCACGGCCCAGAGGACCCUGCCCAUCAAAGCCCUCAAACCAGGUUACAGGCACCUACAGUUAAGAACUCAACACAAUGAGUCCCUAGAGGUGUCCGGUCUGUUCAUCUACAGCCGCAGGAACGAGGACGGCCCUGCAGGGGGUGCUGUUCCCUCCUCUAUGUGGUACAGUACAGAUGACCGGCGGACGUAUCAGAAGCACAGGCUGACGGUGCACGGGGCCCCGGGCCCGGAGCCCUUCACCGUGUUCCCGGUCUGCCCGCAGACCACCGCCAGGCAGCUGCUAGACAUGGUUGUGUCCCCAACAGGAAGUCCCUCAGAGUACUUCCUGUGCGAGGAGAGGCUUCCCCUUGCCAAGGAGCGCAGCGAGGCCAGGCAGCGGCCGCUGGCUCCGGAGGAGGAGGUGCUGAGGCUGGUCAGCGGCUGGCACACGGAGGAGGGCCUGGUGGGCAGGAUCAGCCUCCGAGCCAGAGAGGAGAACUGUAAUGAGAGGAGCACGUCGGUUGGAGAAGGGGAGGAUGAGCUGACCGUAGGAGGGAGGGAGGGAGGAGGGGAAGAGGAGAUGUUCUUCGUCCAGGUCCACGACGUCUCUCCUGAGCAGCCCCACACGGUGAUCAAGGCUCCGCGCUCCAGCACCUCCCAGGACAUCAUCCAGCAGACUCUGUCCAAAGCCAAGUACUCCGUGAGCAUCCUGUCCAACCCCAACCCCACCGACUACGUCUUGAUGGAGGAGGUGACCAAGGACCCCGGCUCCAAGAAGGCGUCGACCGCCAAGCCGCUACAGCGAAUCCUAUUGGACCACGAGUGCGUCUAUCAAGCUCAGAGCCGGUGGAGGGGGGUGGGGAAGUUCAUCCUCAAACUCAAAGAGCAGAUGCCUCGCGAGGACAAGAGAAAGGGCAUCUCGUUCGCCAGCGAGCUCAAGAAGCUGACCAGUCGCGGCCGCAGCACGUCGAGUGGCAGCAGCGCCAGCCAAUCGGUGACGCUGUGCCAUGACGGCCCCGCCCACAGGUGUCUGCCUGCGGGGCUGAAGGCCUGGGUGUCAGAGGGCAAAGAGGGGGCAGGACGUAUCCUCCUGAACUCGCCCGUGAGGCCGCGACCCAAGCCCCGACGGGACCACACCUCCACCGCCUCUCGGGCCCUCCAGACCUGGAAGAUGUACCUUCUGCGCAACUGGAAGGUUCACAAAUGAAACCCAGAGAGGGAGAAAAGAUCAUUAAAGUGAUAAUGGAAGGCGUCCUCAACGCAGUGUAGUAAGGACUCAUUGCCCUGGUUCAGCGCAAAGGAAAGGUUUAUCCCACAAUCUGCGAGUUUGUACGUGCGUUUGGGAGUUCUUGGAAACCGCUCCUCUUGCGCAAAGGACUGCAUUUGGCAGUUGAUUUGAGGUCACUUGGAGGAUUCGGUCCGGCCCCAGAGGCUGGCUUAGUUGCUGUACAGGGUCCUGCCCAAACCCUAUUGGUCGGAUGAAUGGGAUUUGGCUCGCUCCGGGGGGUGUCCGUUGAUUGGUUGGUUCGCUGGUUGACGGACAGUUGCUCCAGCCACUCAGAAAGCCUUUCUCCACGGAGCCCCUAGACACGGUAAAUGUGCCAUUGGGCUACCCCCAGGUUUGACUUGACGCGGUCACCCGCAGCUGUUUUAUUUAUUUAUUGUUUCAUCAUCAGGGAUGGGAUUUAGAAUAAUCUAAAAUGCUGUUUCUUAUUAAUGAAGGGGAAGUUAUAUGUCAGACCCAUCAACAUUUAGUCACGAUGAAAUGAUUAAUGGGUUUGUGACCUUUCAAUCUCCAAAUUAAUUUGACGAACCCUGAAUACGUGUCAAGUUUGCUGGGUGUGAACAGAGAUUUGUCAUGAUUUAGGCUACUAGUAAGGUUCACCAACGGCAUAUACUAACUAUGAAUGAGGCUUCUAGUAAGGUUCAGUAAAUAUAUUGUUACUAUGAAUAAGGCUUCUUGUAAGGUUCAGUAAAGUUAUGUUUAGUAACAUUGCCCAUUUUCUUGCUGUUAAAAAACGCACAUAGGAUAGCAAAAGGACUCAAAGCAUUAGUGAUGGAAUGUGUAUGAAUUAGGUAUUUUGAAAUGGCUUCAGUUUGAGGGAAAUGGUUGAUCAUGUUUUACUGUAAGAUUAAAACAGAUACUGUAAGAUUAUAUUCGGCAGCUUUUGGUCCAGGUAGACGGGCUUUUAAGUUGUUUCUUUACUUUAUAUCGUUGACAUGAUCUCUAAAAAGUAAUAUAUAAUUUAAAUAAUAUAUAAUAAAUAUAUAAGAAAAUGUAAGUCAUCGCAGAGCUGAUCAAUGAUCGGUGAUGUUACUUAUUUUCGCCCAGCUAGCGGGAAAAGGCCUGAUGAGAUUCAAAUUUGGAAGAAACUUCUGUGUGUGCCGUUAAAUGUUCCCCAUUAAAACAAAUGGGGUUUACGCCUAUCUUAAAUUUGACAAUUAAGAAGGCUUCCCAAAAUCUUCAAAUGUUGAGAAUGAUUAAAGGUCAUGUCAACAUCAGUUAAGGGUUAAAUUUUUCGAUUUUUUUUAUUUUUAUCUCCCAGUCUAAAUCUCUUGUCUGUCAUAGGCUGAGUUGUAGCAUUAGCAUGACAGCUAUGUGAAGCUAACAUAGCAUAACUAAAGUUAUGAUAGCUUAUGUUGGCAGAAUUUUUUUUUAACCUGAAAUAAAGCUGAUAUCCAAUAUUAAGUUAAAGUUUAGCAUAUUAUUGUAUAUGGAAAGCGGUUUAACUUUUAAACCUAUUUCCUUCCCAUAUGUAGGCUUGUGCUUAGUUAAGUGUGAAUCGAUUGUAAUGUCAUAUAAAGGUACUUUUAAAUACAUUUAAUAAUUAUAUUGUUUCCAUUUUAUAGUGGCUUAACAAUUUGAUUUAUAUUUGAGUCCAGUUUAGUCUGUUGUAAAUGUAUAUAUUUUUAUCCAGGGUCACUGAUAGACAGACAGGAAAUCAUCCCUGAGCCUAACAUAUAGAUGGAGCUCAGACUCAAUGUGGCUGUAGAGUUGUAUAUACACAUAAGGUGUUUAGUUUAUCUUUUAAAGAGUUUUCUUUAAAAUGCUCAAUGUUUUAUGUUUUUCGUAGACAAUCCUCGGGUAGUCUGAUACUUUUAAACAAGACGUCUGGAUGUAGAGCUUAGCUAUUCAAGACUUGAUACCAUUUUGUUGCAUGCAUUCUUUUCUUUAAAUGGAGGUAUUCAGAUGAUGUAUUAUUUCAACGCCAAGUAUAGUUUUUAGCCUUUAUCUCUAACUUGUGAAUGAUACCCUUCUUAAGUGUGUUGAAACUUUGUUAAAACUGAGAAACAUGUGUGUAGGAUUAUUUAUCGAAUGACACGCCCUGGUUGGCUGUUGUGUGUGUGUGUGUGUGUGUGUAUGUGUGUGUGUUUUUUGGGCGUGUCUGAAGUCUCAAAGUGUUUUAAACUGUUUUCUUAAUUUAUUUGCGUAGAUGUGAGGGAAAUCCCUCCUCUGCGUUUACACUAAAAUGUAAUAUUUGUUCAGUGGUGUAAAUAAUAAUUUUUACUUAAGUGUUGGCUGUAGUGGUUACAUUUCUGGUGUUAUAUUCUUCAGGAAAAUGUCCUGCAGUUGUCUACCUGUGUCUUUGUAAAUGUAGGAAGAUUAGGGAGACACAUUUGGAUGGAAGUGUAUAAGUCUUUGUGUUGUCGUGUAUAUUUUUUUAAAAGUGUAUUUGGUCGUUGUGUUGUCCAACGUGCUUCAUAUUGUGACCUGCAGGCUGUACGUCUUCACGUUUCUAUUUACUUGAAUUAUUUAAAUGAUUGAUUAUCAGCCAAUGUUGUCAUACCUGUAAAGAGAGAGUUCACAUUAAAUACAACUAUUGUCGUAGUCAUUAUUGUUUCGUUGCUGAAUGCAGACUUAAUUUGUUUUCAUAAAUGUCGGAUCACUCUGCAGGUUUUAAAACUGAUUUCCAAUAAGCACUUUCGGAUUGCAUUAACAGAUAGUUUCAAAAAAUACAUUUAAUCAUAUUUAUUUUAUACCCACAACUUUACAACUAUCACUUAACUCUCAUCACAAUUAUAGUAGAGUACUACUGCAAUUGAAGUCUGCAACAUAGACUCGGUUUCUGCAAAAAUGCACAGAAGGUUUGUCGUUGAAGUCAUUGGUGCAGGAUUUGUAUUCACCAUUGGUCUGAUUCUGAAAGAAAUUCAACUUUUGGGGGAAACAGGGUUGACAAUGUAGACCACAAUUUUUUGGGUUUCUUAUAUUUGAAAGUAUAAAUCUAUUCAUCAAUCAAUGUUUAAAGGUAAAAUGAUCUAAGAUGGAUGAAAUGUUAGUUUGGAUCCAACUCAUACAGAACAAACUAAUUUAGAAUCAUAUGUUAAAUUUAAAUCUUAAAUAUGUUAAAUCUAAAUCUUAUAUCUAAAUCUUAUUUCUAAAUGUAAAUCCUGAAUGUAAAUGCUUUAUCUGAGCUAAAUCGUAUAUAUAAAUCCUAAAUCCUAAAUUGGAAUCCAUAUUUUCAAUCAAAUUCUUCCAUCUAAAUCCUAAAUCCAUACCGAUAUGCUAAUUCUCAAAGAUAUCCACCUUAUUCCGCCACGCCCCUUUUUACAUGCGUUUGUCUUCCGCUUUGUGUUGAAACUUCCGGUCGGCUAGUUACAGCUAGAUAGCUACAUUGAAAUACCCGGUGAAUUAAAGGUUUGGUAAGGGAUUUGGGAAACGCCAGCAGAUUCUGAAAAUACACAACUCAAAUGGUCCCACCCCCUCUCCUUCAACGCUGACUCUGACUCCACCCAUUCCAAAACAUGGACGCGCAAUCAUGCAUGAACGAACACCGAUGCGCGAGAGAGAGCCAUUAGCUAGUUAGCUAGCUCCAGUAGCUACCGCAGGAUAACAACAAACAGAAGCUUGCUCUGGGUCACAAGCUUUGAGUAUGUGCACAAAGGGGUCACGCGCUUGGAGCGGGGGAGGGGGAGUGCAGUACGACCGUUUGAUUGACGUACUUACUGUCCAAUGCCACUCUGUGGGUCUGGAAAUCAUUGGCUGGAUUUUUUCAAGCCCUGCCCGUUCCACAGAUGAUUGAUUUGUUUAAUUUUCAUGUCAGUACUUCUAACUCAGUGGCUGUAAGUGGGUUAUGAUAAGGAUUUCAAGUAAUUUUGCAAAAAUGGCCAAAAUAGAGAAUUCCAUACCCAACCUUUAAGAUGGAGAGGCUAACGUGGGUAGAGACCAAAAAAAUGUCAAAAGUUUGGAUGGAGGGAUUGUACUUCGUCACCCGAGGUUAAUGAACUCCACCGAGUGGGUGGAUGACAUGUGGUGGUGGCCUCAGGUGUCAUAUGGGGAUAUUUUUUAUUAUUUAGUGUUAGCUGUCGAUGGGUCAGCCAUGAAAAAUGUCAAGAGCACCCAGGCGUAUCAAUAUUUACAUAGUGGAAAGGUCGGUC